AUUUAUUGUUGCAAGUCUUAUUUCUAGGCCCUUGCUUUCAUUGCAACACUAGAGCUCACUUGGCAUCGGAAUACUUUAGCGGCGGGUUUGAAAUUCUCUCGCGAUCCGGUGUCCGGGCAAACCUCGUCGGUGUUCUGAUUGGCUUCAUUUGCGCACUUGACGCCUCGUCUCCCCAUGGGCACUCUUGUUACGAAUGUCCUUCCCCGCAAGUCAUUGUGGCCUUGCCCCAUCUCGGUCAUUACCGGGGCUUAGCCUCCCAAGCUCUCGGGCUAGCCAUUUGACUCCUGUAACGGGUUCGUCUGUCAGGCAUGCAUACUAUAUCGCUGGGGACUAUAUAGACCGCAGAUCCGUACGUGUGGUUGACCUGCAUCUUCUCAGCCCACCAACACCGAAGACCCAUCUUUGAUACAGGGCAUCCUCUGGACUCAAUUCGAUAUGGCUUCAGUAGAGAAGACUACUGGCCAUGUGGCCGCCGAAAGGGUCACCUCGACACAAGGACACAACACCGGAGACGACACCAACGCGGCUAUCAACAAUGAGCACAACAUGUCCGUCCGACAGUCAUUGAGGUUCUGGUGGAAGGCUAUCGUCUUUUCUUUUGUCAUUUCGCUCUGCGUUGUGAUGGAGGGAUACGAUACCAGUCUCAUGAACAAAUUUUUCGCCUUCCAGCCCUUCCGUAACAGGUUCGGCGAUGAAGUCGAUGCGGAUGGCAAUAAGCUUGUGUCUGCGAGGUGGCAGACUAUCAUUCUCAAUGGAACACAGGUCGGAUGCAUUCUCGGUCUCAUCAUCAACGGCUACAUCACUGAAUGGAUCGGAUACAAGAAGACUAUGAUCGCCAGCAUGGUGUUCAUGACAGCCGCCAUCUUCAUCCCGUUCUUCUCUACAGGACUGGAGAUGUUCCUCGUCGGAGGUAUCAUCCAAGGUCUUCCAUGGGGUGUUUUCCAGACACUUGCGAUUUCGUAUGCUGCGGAUCUCUGCCCUAUGCAUCUCAGAGGCUACAUGACCUCGUGGAUCAACAUGUGCUGGGUUAUCGGCGGUCUUUUGUCUACCGGAAUCCUCACUGGGCUCAUGCAGAACACCACCCAAUGGGGCUACCGCGUUCCUUUCGCUCUCCAGUGGAUCUGGCCUAUUCCCAUCAUCGCGGCUACCUUCCUUGCGCCAGAAUCGCCAUGGUGGUUGGUUCGACAAGGCCGCAUCGAUGAGGCCAAACAAGCUAUUCGUCAAAUCACGACACCCACUGAAGGCAUCGAGUUCGACCUUGAUGCGCACGUGGAGAUGAUGGUUGUCACCGACCAGUACGAGAAGCAAGUCGGCUCUGGAACCAACUACUGGCACUUGUUCCAAGGAAGCGAUCUACACCGUACUGAGGUGUCUGCCAUGGCUUUCAUCACUCAAGCUCUUUGCGGUGUCCCUUUCAUGGGCUUCGGAACCCAGUUCAUGCAAGGUGUAGGCCUCAGCCAAGAUGAUUCCUUCCAUCUUACUAUCGGUCAGGACUGCUUGGGUCUCGUUGGAUGCUUCAUCGCCUGGUGGAUCAUGACGCGCUUUGGUCGACGCCCUAUCUACCUCGUUGGAUUGUCUGCCAUCUUCAUCAUUCUUAUGAUCGUCGGUUUCAUCGGCCUUGCACCAUCAACUAACAAGAGUGCAAGUCUUGCUGGAGGUGUCUUGAUCAUUCUCAUGAUCUUCUGCUUCCAGCUCUCCCUCGGACCCAUCUGCUACUCCCUGGCCGCCGAAAUACCGUCUUCGCGCCUCCGUGUCAAGACCGUCGCCCUCUCUCGUGCUUCCUACAACUCCAUCGUCUUCGUCACAAACACAAUCAUGCCGAAGAUGGUUGGCAAGAACGACUGGAACUGGGGCGCCAAGGGUGGCUUCUUCUGGGCUGGUAUCGCGCUUCUCUUCAUCCUUUGGGGAUACUUCCGUCUUCCCGAGGCAAAGGGCUUCACCUACUCUGAGCUCGAUCUCAUGUUCGAGCACAAGGUUUCCGCACGCAAGUUCACGCGUGAAGCAGCAGAUUCACUGAAGCCUGCUUUGACGGAGACUGCGAUGCAGUAUGAGAAGCAGAAUGGUGUUGAGCGUGUGGAGUCGCAUGCAUGAGAUGGUCAAUCAUAUUG